AUGCAAACUCAUUCUAUCACAUACUUAUCUUCUAGUGAAAGUGGCUGUUUAGAAACUGAAGUAGAAGAUGAACUUUCUACUGUCCUUUCACUUGGUCCUCCUGGCCAAAUAAACCUUCAAAGAAAUACAAAAUUGCAUUUUCAGAGUUAUUAUAAUCAGUAUUCUAGUUAUGGAGAAGGUGUGACUGUGGCUCUUCAUACUGAUUCUUCAGGUACAAGUUCAAACAACGAUAACCCUAGUAAAAACAAAGGGGAUAAUAUUAUUUCAGUAGCAAAUAAUGGACAAUAUUGGAUUCCAACACCAGCUCAAAUUCUUGUUGGACCUACUCAAUUCUCUUGUACUGUUUGCAACAAAACUUUCAACAGAUUCAACAACAUGCAGAUGCAUAUGUGGGGGCAUGGAUCACAAUAUAGAAAAGGACCAGAUUCACUAAAAGGGACAAAACCAGCUUCUUCAAUGUUAAGGUUGCCUUGUUAUUGUUGUGCUGAAGGUUGCAAAAACAACAUAGACCAUCCAAGAUCAAAGCCAUUGAAAGACUUUAGAACUCUUCAAACACAUUACAAAAGAAAACAUGGAGCAAAACCAUUUACUUGUAGGAAAUGUGGGAAGAAUUUUGCUGUAAGAGGAGAUUGGAGAACUCAUGAGAAAAAUUGUGGUAAGCUUUGGUUUUGUAUUUGUGGUUCAGAUUUUAAGCACAAAAGGUCACUUAAAGACCAUGUUAGAGCUUUUGGAGAUGGACAUGCACCACAUAGUGAGAAUUGUUAUUAUCAAGUUGAAGGAGAUGAGGAAGAUGAAGAAGAAGAUGUUGAAGCAGGGGCGGAGCUAGAGUAUUAG